CCGCCCCCCCGGCCGUCCCGGCGGCCAUUGCUCCAAGAUGGCGGCGGCGGCGGCGGCGGCAGUGCAGCUGAGCUGGGCUGGAGCCGCCCACCCCGAGCUCCCGCAGCAACCUAGGAGGAUGCCCCGGAAGCCCAGCUAGGGCCCGACUUUGGCCCCAUGCGUCUCACCCGCUGCCAGGCUGCCCUGGCAGCCGCCAUCACCCUCAACCUCCUGGUCCUCUUCUAUGUCUCAUGGCUGCAGCACCAGCCCAGGAACUCCCGGGCCCGGAGUCCCCGCCGUGGAGCGGCUGCUGGCCCCCGUGUCACCAUCCUGGUGCGGGAGUUCGAGGCCUUUGACAACGCAGUGCCUGAGCUGGUGGACUCCUUCUUGCAACAAGACGCCGCCCAGCCCGUGGUGGUGGCCGCGGACACACUCCCCUACCCGCCCCUGGCCCUUCCCCGGGUUCCCAACGUUCGCCUGGCGCUGCUCCAGCCGGCCCUGGACCGGCCCGCCGCGGCCUCGCGCCCCGAGACCUACGUGACCACCGAGUUCGUGGCCCUCGUGCCUGACGGGGCGAGGGCCGAGGCUCCGGGCCAACUGGAGCGCAUGGUGGAGGUGCUCCGGGCAGGAGGGGCACGCCUGGUGGCCGCCCCUGUCGCCUCAGCCAACCCUGCCCGGUGCCUAGCCCUGAACGUCAGCCUGCGGGAGUGGACUGCCCGCUACGGCCCCGCGCCCUCCGUGCCCCGCUGUGACGCCCUGGACGGAGACGCGGUGGUGCUCCUGCGUGCCCGCGACCUCUUCAACCUGUCGGCUCCUCUGGCCCGGCCGCUGGGCACCGGCCUCUUCCUGCAGACGGCCUUGCGGGGCUGGGCGGUGCAGCUACUCGACCUGCCGUUCGGCGUGGCGCGCCAGCCACCCCUGGCCACGGCCCACGCGCGCUGGAAGGCAGAGCGCGAGGGGCGCGCGCGGCGGGCAACACUGCUGCGCUCGCUGGGCAUCCGCCUGGUAAGCGGGGAGGGCGGGCGCCUCGAGUGGUUCGGUUGCAGCAAGGAAACCCCGCGCUGCUUCGGGACGGUGGUGGGUGACACACCAGCCUACCUCUAUGAGGAGCGCUGGACGCCCCCGUGCUGCCUGCGCGCUCUGCGGGAGACCGCCCGCUAUGUGGUGGGCGUGCUGGAGGCGGCCGGUGUGCGCUACUGGCUGGAGGGCGGCUCGCUGCUCGGGGCCGCCCGCCAUGGGGACAUCAUCCCGUGGGACUACGAUGUGGACCUGGGCAUCUACCUGGAGGACGUGGGCAACUGCGAGCAGCUGCGGGGGGCUGAGGCGGGCUCCGUGGUGGACGAGCGUGGCUUCGUGUGGGAGAAGGCCGUAGAGGGCGACUUCUUCCGUGUGCAGUACAGUGAGAGCAACCAUCUGCACGUGGACCUUUGGCCCUUCUACCCCCGCAAUGGAGUCAUGACCAAGGACACAUGGCUGGAUCACCGGCAAGAUGUCGAGUUCCCUGAACACUUCCUGCAGCCUCUCGUGCCCCUGUCCUUUGCUGGCUUCGUGGCGCAAGCACCUAACAACUACCGUCGCUUCCUGGAGCUCAAGUUCGGCCCCGGGGUCAUCGAGAACCCAGAGUACCCCAACCCGUCCCUCCUGCGUUUGGCAGGAAGUGGCUGAAGUUCCUACGUCCGCCCUGGGGGGGUCUGGAGAAAACUCAGGCCAAGGAGUGGGGAGUGGGGGCUGGGGGGGACCUGGCCUUGGCUAUGGUGCUGCUGGCAUUUGGUGGGCAGGUCGGGGAUGCGGAGCUGCGGGGCAAGGCCCAGCACUGUCCUACACUUGGAAGACAUGCCCCGACCAAGAUUUCCGAGAGCUUGGGUUUAUUUGGAGCACAGACAGUUUUGUAAAGAGGAAAAUGUGUACGUUCUGCGCCCGGACUGCCGCGAUUAUAACCCCAGCUCUGCCACUUCCUAAUUAGGCGGCCGGGUGAGUGUCCAGUUUCUCCAGGAUUCAGGGAGUGUCCUCGCAGCGACCCAAAAGCCCACAGGACGCAUGGUUGCUGGAGCUGAUUCCGCCACGAGAGGGCACCUCUGUCCUAGUCUGGGGUCCAAGGCCCAGUCAAGCACCUAACAACUACCCUUCCUGGAGCUUCCCUAACUUGAACCUUUUGGUCUCUCCAAUCCCCUGUACCUGGCGGGACAGGAUGACUGUCUCCCUUCUUCCAGAAUGUGACCUCCUGGCCUCCUGCGAGCGCCCUGUGAAUUGCAUGCUGCUCUUAACCACAUCUUGCAGAGGAGGAAACGGGUUCAGCCUUGACCUGCCACAGUGGGUAACCAAGCUCUGGAUGCCAGAGCCACUCCACGUUAACUGCGUUACCUCCUCGUUUCAGCGCUCCGCACCUGGUAGCCCACUUGCGCGGCGGGAUGAACAGCAAUCAGAGCUCGAGUUACUCAGCUCAUAUGGUGUGCGCAGCGUCCUUCUCAGUGCUGGAUGCGGAGAGACUGCUCCAUCUCUCACCUCAACCCUCUGAGGCCACACUGAGACCAGAAUGGCAGAGUCGCCCAAGGUCAGACAGCUUAGAAAGCAACAGACCAGGGACUUGAACCCCGGCGGUCAGGCUGGAGCGCACACUGAAUUUGGCUGCUGUGCCCCCUCUCUAGUUAUGCUACAUGAGAGGGGGGUCCCCGGGAGUCUGCAUCCCUUAGCUGGUGAAGCCAUGGUGGCCUUCCUCCUAUGCUCAUGCACCCAAGAUUAAAUGCCAUUUGAGCAAGUAUCCCGAAUAUACUUAUUUAUAAAUUAUAUACAGGUACUUCUAUCGUUCUGUAUUUUAGUAAUAAGGCUUAAAUUAUUCCAUUUUUAAAAAAGCAAAGAGGGUUUUGUUUACGUGGCUCAUCUUAGUGACUUGUCCCAUUUGGAACCACAGGCUCUGAGGCAGGAGAGGCCUGGGGUCAAAACCCAGCUCUGCCUCUUUCUCCCACUGGGAGUUUAGGCCACCAUGACUCUGCCUCUCCGAACCUCUGCUCUGUGCCUGGGAAAUGCAGGUGGUGAACGUUCCCCCCACGGGGGUGCUUGUGAGCCACUUGAGUGGUAAAGGCUCAGGAAUCAAGGCUGUGUGUGGCUCCUGGCCAACUUUACUUGUGAUCUUAGGCAAGUCCCUUGACUUGCGACUCCCCCAAGUCCAGGGAGGCAGGGACUUGCCUGUGGGGGAUGGGCAAGAUUGCCCAAGCGGGAAGCCAGAGGGGGAGGGGGAGGGGGAGGAAGAAGAUGAUCAAUGCAAAUCUGGUCCCAUCUCAAAUGUGGCUCAGACAUCCAAAGUCUGACUUCUUAGAUCACAGCCUCUGUUUUUAGCCACUGAACCUGCAAAGAGUUCCCAGAGACUGUUGGGUUUCCACGGAACAUUCUGGAAACAUAAGGGGAUGAUUUAGGUUAUCAGCGUGAUCAGGUGAUGCUUUUGACUCGGGAAGCAUAGCCCAGGGGUGGAGAGGUCAUAAUAGACAGGACCUCUCCACAGGGUAAAGCACUGGCCCUUGUCACAUACAGUUUUGAAAGCCCCUUUGGACAUUCCUGAAGGGAGUGCGAUGUUCAAAAUCUUAUGCAACUGGUACAAAUUAAUAUAUAUGUCAAUAUAUGCAUCACAAUAUGUAAAUAUUUCUUUUUUCUUCUCUGAAGGAUGGAAAUGAUUUGUAUAUACAUAUUUCUUUGAAUUGUUUGCCAAGAACAUGAGCUGAAACUCAGAUCAUUGUUAAAUCAUGCAAUGAUUUUGUUUUAUUUAGAAACACUUAGAAAUUGUUGGUGCAGUUUCUUGAUUGAUAUGAUAUAUAUAUAUAUUCAUUUAUUUAAUUACUUUAUUUAUUAGAUAAAAAUAUAUAUAAAAUAACACUGGCUAGCUGUGAUUUGAUAAGAGAACCACAUCAAGUGCUUCUGGCAACUUCCCAUUAAACUGAGUACCAUUAGGUGACUUGAGGUCUCAACAGAUCAAGAAUUGCUCUUGGGGCGCCUGGGUGGCUUGGUGGGUUAAAGCCUCUGCCUUCAGCUCAGGUCGUGAUCUCGGGGUCCUGGGAUAGAGCCCCACAUCGGGCUGUCUGCUUACCAGGGAGCCUGCUUCUCCAUCUUUCUCUCUGCCUGCUUCUCUUGUGAUCUCUCUCUGUAAAAUAAAUAAAUAAAAAUCUUUAAAAAGAAAAAAGAAUUUCUCUUAGCACCAUC